GCCAUUCAGCAGAUGAGAUGAGGCGAAGCGAGAGAGUGAGAGGAGAGGAGGAGACGGAGAGGAAGAAAGAAAGCGUCAGUCCUGUUUCACUCUCAUCCCGCAGCAGACGCUCUACUGAAUCAUGCUGAUAAACCACUCCGUACUGCUCGUUCUCAGCUCGUGUGUGCAUCUCAGUGUGUGUGCGGGGAACGCCGAUGAUCUGGCACCUUGGACAGCGACAGAGCGACAAGGUAACUCGUCAUCUCCCGCCGAAACCUUUCAGAGAACAAACAGACAGAGGGAUGCUUUUAAACGAGAGCUGGAGGCGAACAAGGAGCCGAGGUCCUCACGCAGAGAGCAGAUCAAAGGCAGCGUCUCAGAAAGCACCACGUCUGCACUUUCCUUUAGGCAAAGCAGCAAAAACUCUGAGCUAGGCUUAACGGCAAACACCACAAUCGAUCUCACGGAUUUCCCAAAGUCCCAGAGUUUCCAGGAAGUCCAGGAUGGAAGUGUCGGUCUCUCUAGGAGACGGAGGAGCUGGAUCUGGAACCAGUUUUUCGUUAUCGAAGAAUACAGCGGACCGGAACCGGUUCUGCUCGGACGGCUGCGCUCCAGCGUGGACCGAGGUGAUGGCCAUGUGCUGUAUGUGCUGAGCGGGGAGGGGGCGGGGUCAGUGUUCGUGAUUGAUGGUCGAACAGGGAACAUCCAUGUGACGAAGCCUCUGGACCGAGAGCAGAAGGAUCAGUACAAGCUUGUCGCUACGGCAACAGACCGACGGACGGGUCGUGUGCUCGAGGCCUCGUCCCAAUUUACCAUCAGAGUACAGGACAUCAAUGACAACGCACCUGUGUUCAAGCACACACACUACAUCGCCAGCGUCCCUGAGAGAGCCAGUGCUGGAACGUCUGUGAUCCAGGUGACAGCGACAGACGCAGAUGAUCAGUCGUAUGGGAACAGCGCGAGGCUUGUUUACUCCGUCAUCCAGGGCCAGCAGUACUUUACUGUGGACCCGCAGACAGGUGUGGUGCGGACGGCGGUGUCUGACAUGGACCGAGAGCAGCAGUCUGAGUACAUGGUGGUGUUAGAGGCGAGAGACAUGGCGGGACAUCAGGGGGGACUGACGGGAACAACCACCAUCACCGUCCACCUCAGCGACGUCAAUGACAGCCCGCCACGUUUCACCCAACGUGUGUGGACGUUCUCCGUAUCAGAGUUAGCGCUCCCCGGUGCUGAGGUGGGCCGCGUGAGCGCUACAGAUGCUGACGUGGGCGAGAACGCAGAGCUGGAGUUUACCUUCUCGGACGGAGACGGAGGCGAAAUGUUCAACAUCAGCAGACUGGACCAGGAGGGCGUGAUCAUCCUCAACCAGGCAUUGGACUUUGAGACACGCAGCUCAUACGCGCUCUCGGUGGAGGUCCAGAACCCGAGCGUGGACAUGCGCUUCCUCCGCGGUGGAGUGUUUAAGGACGAGGCGGUGGUGAGGAUCGGCGUCCUGAACGCGGACGAGCCGCCGCACUUCACCCGCAGUUAUUACGCGCUGAACGUCACGGAGAACUGCAGAGCGCCGUGCAGCGUGGGACGAGUUCACGCCGUGGACCCCGAUACAGGACACAGCACCAAUAUAGAGUACUCGAUCGCUCCUGCGUCUGACCCCGGGGCCGUGUUCCGUAUUUCUCCUGUUAGUGGCCUCAUUACAGCGGUGAAGGUUCUGGAUCGAGAGCGCGAGCAGUGGCACAACCUCACCGUUACUGCCGCUCAGAGAGACAGCCCCAAUCAGGUUACCAGGGUAGUGGUUGCCAUAGAAACACUGGAUGUGAAUGACAACCCCCCUGAGCUGGAUGGACCGUACGAGACGGCAGUGUGUGACACCAGCACCGCCGGACAGGUGGUGCAGGUGAUUCGAGCCACCGACAGAGACGAGAUCAGCUCCAGUUCCCCCGUACACUUCAGCGUGUCUGCACACAGCAGCCUGUCUCUGAACUUCACCACCCAGCCGAGAGGAAAUCACACGGCCAACCUGCUGCUCCUGUCCUCUCUGAAGCCCCUCCCACGCCCCGGCUUUUCUCCUGUACUCACUGUAAAAGUACCCAUAAUCCUCCGGGACAGAGCGUCGGAGCUGAGCAGCACGGGGACGGUGACGGUGACGCUGUGCCCCUGUCAGAACGGAGGGAUGUGGGUGGAGGAGAGAAGGAGAGCGGUGGAUGGAGAGAGGAGUGGUGAUGGAGACGUGCUGAUGGACUGGGAGAGACAGAUGGUGUGUUCGUCUCUGCCCGCUUCCUCCAUGCUGCUGGGCUUCAGCUCGGCCGCCAUGUUGGCCAUCCUGGCCUGUGCCUCCCUCCUCAUGGUUGUGGUGGUGUUGUCUCUGUCCAUGCGGAGGAAGAAGAGUGACUCUCUCUCCCCGGUGGAGAACGAUGAGAUCAGAGAGAACAUAAUCACGUACGAUGAUGAAGGUGGAGGAGAGGAAGACACAGCUGCGUUUGACAUCACUGCUCUGAAGAGUGUCCCACACGCCAUACACACGCGCGGUGUUGGUUCCGUCCCGCUGUACGGCCCCCUGUGCUACAGCAUACACGCGGUGAGCGGCAGCCCGUUCGGCCGGUGUGAGUCUCAGCUGGACCGGGACGAACCCGCACACACACUCCCCAGUGGAUACACACUGGGGUUAGGACCGGGUUCCACGCUCACAGAACCUUCUGAGGAGUGUCUGAGAUUGGAUCAGAACAGAAAUGAAGAUGAUGUCGUACUGAAAAAGAGCCUUGGAGGAAGUGAUGUCAUCACUCGAGAUCAGGCUCCAUUAGUCCUAAAUGGCUCUACAGAUCAUCCGGUCGCAUCAUGCACAGCUCACCUCCACUCCUCCAUCUCCUUAUCUGUAGCUCCAGAUGACAUCACGCCUCCGCACAGCACGGGAAUCAGCACCGCUCCGUUCAGAACCAUGGAGGGAACGUUACUGCGAGCAGGCGCAGGGGUACAUCUGACCGGAACUCCUUUACUGUACCUGAACCCAGGACAGGACUACGGUCAGCACCUGGUCAGGCUACACGUCGGAGGGCGGAGCUUCUUUAGACCUGAUUUAGGAGGCGUGGCUGUUCCGCUGACUCUCAGUAUAGAUGACUUGCUGCAGCACCGGCUCGCCCGAGUGACCUUUGACCCCAUGCAGCCUCCGUACGAUUCACUGCAGAUAUUUGAGCACGAGGGGGCGGAGUCUGAGACCGCCUCCCUCAGCUCUUUGGAGAGCGAAGGGGACGGACGGAUAGAGGGGGAGGGGUCAAUCGACUGGGGGCCCAAGUUUACCAAGCUGCUGGAGAUCUUUAGAGAGAGGAAAGAGGAGAAGGAUGGAGGGAGAGAGGGAGAAGACAAAACAGAGGAGAGACAGACAGACGGUGAGCGGCAGGAGAGUGUGGACCGAGUGGACGGAACUCAAGAAGAAGCGAAGGAUCGGGAUGGCAGCGUGGAUAGAGGAGAGAAUAAAGAAUGAUUUCUCUUCAAAGAGAGAUGAGAGAACGAAAGAUGAAAGGAGAAGGAGAGAUAUUUAACAAGUUGCUGGAGAUCAUUAGAGGCACUCGGGGGAUAGGUGUGGAAAAGGUGGAAGAAAUAAAGAGGAUGAGGUUAAACAGGACGAAAGAAUGAAGGGUGAGAUGGAAGAAUGAAGGAAAGGAAGAGUGAGAGAAGAAAGGAGGGAGGGAAAGACAGAAAGAGAGAGAGAGAGAGAGAAAGCGCAAAGGCUACUACCGAGCAGAGCGAUUGUGUAACAUGGAGAUUAAACAAAGGUGAAGGCGGAGUUCCAGCUGUCAAUCACGUGUGCUCAAAAGAAUAACAGGCCACGCCCACACCUAAAGAGUGAACUCAGCUGCUGUUUUGAGCGUAUCGAGGGUUUCCUGUCUAUAAUAUACCACUAAAGUUUGGUAUCACACAAACAGGUUUAAUAUUUUACAACGCCUUCACCACUAGUGUGUGUGUGUGUGUGAGAGAGAGAAUGCAUAGAGUGAGAAAUUACAAAACAGCUGAAAUAUUGAUUUGGCUGUGUGAGCUGCAUUGUGUUAAAAAAUUAAUAGAUAAAAUAGGCCUCAUAAAAAAUACACGCUCCUCUGAACCCAAGGAAAUAGAAGGAUCUCUCCCCUAGGAAAGGGCACACACACGCCAGGUUUUAGGGAGAAAGAGUGGUUCUUCAUAGAGCGAACACGCAUGCACAUACACACACACACACACACAAACUCUUAUCUAUGUUCAUAACUUGGUAAAACUUCAUCCAGCAUCCUUCAGUGAGAACUCCAGCUCACGCUAAACCAUUUAGUGCGCGAGGAGGAAAAAAAGUGUCUUAUCAGUCAACAAAGCUUUCAAAACGUCUUCCAUUCUUCCCUCCAGCCUUUAUGUAUCUCCUCCAUUCAGUUGCUUUUGUGCUGUGAUUAUUGAGCGGCGUUUGAAGAGCUUCGGCUACCCUCAUUGUUCUGCUUCUCCAUCUUCAGGAACAGACGCAGGAACAGAGCGAAGUGAGCGAGGCAGCGAAAAUUCACAAGCUGCUCCAGAUCUCUCAGAUCUCUCUCUCAAUCCUUUAUUAAUAAUGCAUUAUAACUGCAUUCCUUGCAUUCUGUAUGAUUUGCAGAAGUGCUUUCUCAUGCCUGGCUGAAGCCUGUAUAAAUGCGUAGAAGAAAAUCAUAAUGACUAAAAUUGCACUUUAGGAGUCUAUGGGUCUAUGACUUCAACAAGCCCCGCCCCUCUACACAACACACUAUAAUAGCACAUAUCACAUGGUAUGGUUUCUGUAGGAACACAAUCCAGUCAUAAUUAGAUUCAAAAUAUCAAACAUGAGUGGGUUGAUUUGAGAGUUUAGAGUCGUAUUAACGUAGAGAGAAUAAAGAGAGGCUGACGCUUGAGAGAAGGAGUGUUUACAGCUGCUAUAAGAUAGGUCAUAACUUUAAAUGUAACUAGAAACGGAUAAAAAUAUGACAUGUCGUUAAUUGUUGCAGAUAAAAUGGAUUAGAUUGCAAAUUUUUUAUUCAUUAAACAUGGACACAUUAGAGUUUUUAUGCAUUAAAACAUUAUACAUAGAUUCACAAGUUGUUUACAUUAUUACUCAACACCUUCCAACCAAUCAGAUUCAAGACUUUAAAAAGCGCUGUAUAAAGAUUAUAAGAUUUAUUAAAAAACAAACCAUGACUAUGACCACACAGACACUACAACCAGGCUCUCACUGCACUGUUGGUUCAUGAGCUAUGGAGUCUCCUCCUCCUGGUCUUUACACUUACAGGUUUUUUUUUUUCACUUUUUUUUUCAUUUAAUAAAUUGUGACCAAGUUGUGAACACUUUUAUAUCAAUGAAAGUUACU